AACUUAUAAAGCUUCCAUCUUUCUAGUUAGACUAGAACAGAAAGACUUUAAAAAAAAAAAGUUUCCUUUUCUUUAUCUCUUAAUCUUAAUCCCCUCAUCUUUAGAAUCAAGAAUUUGCUCACUGCACACUCAAUUCCUUAGCAAGAAUUGAUUCUUAGCUUGCUAAUCCUAUAUUAGCUUGAUCCCUUCACUUUUUUCAUCAAAUACUAUAAAGUUUCUGUCUGAACUUACAACACAACAUUUAUAUGAAAGAUUGAAUCUUGAACACACACACACCUGCAGCAAUGAGUAGAAUUCUAUACGAAAUCAACCAAAAAGAUAGUUUUUUCAUAAACCCACCUCCUUCAAAUUCAACACCAUCAUCAUCAUCUUUUAACAAGAUCAGUCCUGCAAUUCUGUUGGUAAUCAUAAUUCUAGCCGUUAUCUUCUUCAUCUCCGGUGUUGUUCAUUUGCUCGUCAGAUGUUUCAUGAAAAGAUCGCAUUUCUCAGCAAUUUAUCACUCCAAUAGAUACCCAGAAACCACAAGGUCUCAGUCUCUUCAACGCCAGCUUCAACAGCUUUUUCGCCAGCAUGAUUCCGGUCUAGACCAAGCUUUCAUCGACGCAUUACCUGUUUUUCACUACAAAGACAUCAUGGGAUUACGAGAGCCGUUCGAUUGCGCCGUUUGUUUGUGUGAAUUCUCAGACAAAGAUAGACUAAGAUUGCUUCCUACGUGUAGCCAUGCAUUUCAUAUUGACUGUAUUUACACGUGGCUUCUGUCGAAUUCUACUUGCCCUCUUUGUAGAGCUACCCUUUUGAGCUCCGGUCUUAACCCGUUGGUGAAUUUUGAUUCUUUGAGAGAAGUGGCUAAUGGGCUGUCUGGUGAUCAUGGAGAUGGUAAGGAAGAGGAAGGUGAAAAGAAGAUGGUGUUUUCUGUAAGACUUGGAAAGUUUAGGGGUGUAAAUGAAGGGGAGGUUAUAAUUGGGAGUGAAGAAGAGAUUAGAAGAAAGUUGGACGGGAGAAGAUGUUACUCAAUGGGGAGAGCUGAGUAUGUGGUGGGUGAUUCAGAUUUGCAGGUAGCUUUGUCGCAUGAUAAUGUGUUGUGCAGAGGUAGGACGAGAAGAGAUAGCUUGUCUGUGUCUAAGAUUUGGCUUUGGUCUAAAAACAGCAGAAUUCCGAUGGGUAGUUCACAUUUGGAUAUGUCUUCUUCUUCUUCUUCUUCGAUCUGUUAAUGUAAGUUAAUUUGUUAAGUAAUGAUAGAUUAUUUGAAUCUUGAUUGAGUUAA